UAGUAAUGUUUACUGGAGUUCAUCUUAAAUCGGUUCAAAAUUAAAUAAAUUUCUUUAACUGCAAUACUUUUGUUUGAAUAAGAUUAUGUGCCCAUUAGUCUGAAGGUUAAAAUAAGUAAUCUAUUAAACAUAAACUAGAAAUUGACGUGUACACUCUUCCGGCGUUUAUUUUUAUUUUUUAUGAGUAAAUAUUUAUUUUUAAUAGUCAGUGAUAUACUUUAACAUUUAUUAAAUAUCCAAAACAAUUAUAUAGUGUGAACGCGAUAAUUUAAUCUAUUGUUUUCAAAUUAUAUUUGUAUCACAUUUUGUAUAAUAUAUUUAUGUUAUUAGUUUUGAGCUCGAGUUCUAGAGUGGAGAAUAUAUUGUAAAAUAGCAAUUCAAAUAUUAUUUUUAUGAGUAAUUGAUCUAUUAAUAAAUUUGGUACUUACAUGUAUAAUUAAAUUUUAAAUUAUUAGUAAAAAAUAAUUAAUGAAUUAGUUAAUUAUGUAGAAAUUUUACUUUAUUUUGUUUUAUUUUCAAUAUAUUUGAAAAAUAUACUUAUCAGUAAUUAAUUAGAAAUGAUUAAGGUAUAUUAUAUACUUGUUUUAAAUGAUGGAAAGGUAGUUAAUGCUAAAAUUUAGGAAUAGUUAAAAUCUUAAUGGGAAAAUCUGUAAAUUUUAAUUUAAUAGAUAGGUUAUUUUAUUUUUGUACUUAAGUUUUAAUAAGAUAGAUUUGUUAUUCAAAAUUUAUGCUUCAUCUUUUAGUAACAAAUUUAAUGAAAUAUACAACCAAAAAAUAUAUAAAACUUAGGCAACAAAUUCUAUGAUUCUUACAUAUUAAGAUAUAGUUGACUGUGCAAAUCUAUUUUAUAAUUUAUUCGUGAAAUUAGAUUUUGGACCGAAAUUCAUAAUUCUUAAUAUGUAAAAUCACAUCGUUUAAUAUUAGUUCCGUUAUGAGCAUCGCUCAGUUAUUCGCGGGAAAAUAACGAUGAUUCAAAAAUAUAUUAAUACAAAAGAGUAAAUACAUGUUGAUUGGCUGUAGUAGUAAGACUAUACUUCAUGCAUUAACUAUCUUCACAGCCUUUAGCCCUUUACACACAACCACAUCAAUAUAAAACCAUAGUGUCAUUUGCAUAAGUAUACAUCAUUUCUAAUCUCAACAACCAAAACACUCCUAUCUUCUUUGUAAGUCCCUCGUGGUUUCUCAUAUGUCUACCAUGGGAGAGGUUACCGUCGGUUCACAAUGCCAUAAACUUCUCGACAUGCGCGACUUUACUGGCGCUAGGCAUCUUGUUAAGAUGAAUAAACAGUUAGGCAAAGAUUGGCCAAAACUUGACCAAGUUGAAGCAAUCUGCGACGUGAUCAUCGCCGCAGAGAACCGGCUUCCCAACGGGUUUAUGGAUUACUAUGGAAUGCUUCGGGCGACCCGAUUCGGACCGGUGGUUUUGGAUGAUUUCAGGAGGUUGAUGAAGCUCCUAGAUUGGAGGUGUAAUGGUCUCCCCUCUAGCCAGGAAGCUGCUCAAUAUGCCUACCAAGCCUGGUCGAUGCUUUCUAAGCCCGUCAUGAAGGCCAGAUACGAUCUCGACAUCUCCUCCCCGAUGGUCAGAGGCGACAACCAUGUCGGGGUGGUUCAACUAGGGUUUCCUGAAGGCAGUUCCUUUGUCCCCAAGGAACAGAACCCUAAUCAGGAUAUUGGUCGUGGGAAUAACAAUGAAGUGGUGGUUAUUUCUGAUGAUGACGAUGACGAUGAUGGAGAUGGAGAUGAAGACAUUAUUACAAUGGCUCGAACAGCGAAAGUGUUCAAAAUAAAUGGAAAGAGAGUGAAGUUUAUACCAUUGAAGAAGAAGAAAAGAAAGGAUUCUUCAACAAGCAACGUGAGGAAGACCUAGUUUUUUUAUUUAUGAUUUUAAACCUAGUUUUUUUCCAGUAAUAAAACAAAGAUUGUAAUUCCCAUUUUCUUGAGAAUCUCAAUCUUUAUUGUAUUAUAUCUCCUUCUUGUUUUUUUAAUCCUAAGUUAAUUAUUACAAAAUAUUUCCGUGCUUGGUAUCCAUUAAUCACCCAUUUAUUACACAUUUGAAGAUCUUCUCAUUGAUAUCUUUGUCAUUAUUACAAGGCUUUUGGUCUUUAUAUUUAUACACAACAACAAAACAUUCCCUCCAUUGUUUUUAUCGAUCUCUCCUUUCUCUUGGUGUCGCCAUGGUUUUACUUCAACAGGUAAGUCUCUCCCUGUUACUUUCUCUACAAGCAAUCAAAGUUCAUUCAUCUCUGAAUCAUGUCUUGCUUGUGUAAACGCAGUUAGAGCAAGGGAUGCGUCCACUUUCUCAGCGUUACAAUGUAACAGCCUAUUCAACAACAAUAGGAAGAAACUUCUUCACAAAUGGAGCCUCAAGCAGCAACCUAUUCUCCUCCAGAGGGUACUCAACCAAUGCAAAGCCAAAAUCGAAAACCGAGUCUAAGGAAAUGGCUGCAAAGAAACAUAGCGACGCAGAGAGAAGAAGAAGGCUUCGGAUUAACUACCAGUUUGAAGCUCUUCGCACAAUUCUUCCAAACUUAAUCAAAGUAAGUUUAGUUUAUGCAUUCCAUUACACCAAAUGGUAUAUCAAUAUAUUUAACAAUUUUGUAAACUUAACAGCAGGAUAAAGCAUCUGUGCUAGGAGAGACUGUCAGGUACUUCAAGGAACUAAAGAAGCUGGUUAAUGAGAUACCAACCACACCAUCUUUAGAAGACAGCUUGAGAUUGGGUCAAUGUAAGAACAUAGACUUUGCGAGAGUGGUGUUCAGCUGUAGCGACAGAGAAGGGCUAAUGUCUGAGGUGGCAGAGUCGAUGAAAGCAGCGAAUGCAAAGGCGGUGAGAGCUGAGAUGAUGACAGUAGGCGGAAGAACCAAGUGUGUCUUGUUUGUUCAAGGUGUGAAUGGGAAUGAAGGUUUGGUUAAGCUCAAGAAGGCAUUGAAACCUGUGGUGAAUCGUAAACUAGAGGGGACAAACAAUAACAAUGGAGGAUCGUUAAUGUUGCCUCAGCAGCAAUGAGUACAUAUCUCUGUUUCUACUAGUGCCAUUAGAGAAGGUAGAUAGAUUAGAUGUAAAAGUAUAUAAAAGCCCAUGUGUUAUUGAAUAUGGGUGGAUACAUACUUAACACAGUCUAUUAUAUUGUUGCAGCUCUUUCUUUGUGAGUGAUUGCUACAUUAUUAAAAAGAGGUUAAACAAGUAAUCUUCCUUUCCUCACUCCACCACAUUCAUUUUCUAAAAACUCUUCUAUAUGGAUCAAAAGAUGUUCUUCAACACUGUGAACCAAAAAAAAACAACGACCAACUAUUUUUUCCUAACAACAGUUCAGUGGGAAGGCAAACAAGUUUUCUUUUUCAUUCUACACAAGCAAGCAAGCAAAAACAAAAGAAAAAAAAAACGAAAUACUCAAUCACUAUCA